AUGAAGGAUACGCUCAAAAAGGCUCCCACGCUAGCUCGUGUCGAGAGCUUUGAGCUUUCGGGUUCGGUUAGAGACCUCACCAACUACCCCACUCGGCGUUCCGAUGACACAGAAACGGAGGUGGAAAAAUCUAACGUCGCCGGUGGCGGGGCCGGAGGUGCGCCCCGUGGCGUUCAGCGGUCUCUACAACCGCGCCAUGUGUCGAUGAUUGCGCUGGGCGGUACCAUCGGAACCGGGCUUUUCAUCGGUAUCGCAACUCCGCUGCAGAACGCCGGCCCCGUCGGCGCUCUCAUCGCGUACAUUUUCAUGGGUACACUGGCCUACAGCGUGACGCAGUCGCUUGGGGAAAUGGCCACUUUCAUUCCGGUCACGUCGUCGUUCACCGUGUUCACACGUCGGUUUAUCUCGCCCGCGUUCGGAGCCGCCAAUGGUUACAUGUACUGUUUCUCAUGGUGUAUGACAUUUGCGCUGGAACUUUCCGUUGUGGGCCAGAUUAUCGAGUACUGGACCACCGCGGUUCCCAACUCCGCGUGGAUCAUCAUCUUCUGGGUCCCGCUAACGUUGUCUAACUUGGUUCCCGUAGAAUACUACGGAGAGUUCCAGUUCUGGAUCUCGCUCGUCAAGGUGUUGGCGAUUGUGGGGUUCCUGAUCUACUGUUUGUGCAUGGUGUGCGGUGCAGGCGUGACUGGGCCCGUCGGGUUUCGGUACUGGCGCCACCCGGGCCCCUGGGGAGACGGGAUUGUGUCCCGUAGCCGCUCCGAAGGCCGUUUCCUCGGCUGGGUUUCGUCGCUGGUGAACGCCGCUUUCACAUACCAGGGUACAGAGCUGGUCGGUGUGAGUGCCGGUGAAUCCAAGAACCCGCGGAAAACGGUGCCAAAGGCCAUCAACAAGGUGUUUUUGCGUAUCGUGCUAUUCUACAUCGGAUCCCUGUUCUUCAUCGGCCUGCUGGUGCCUUACAACGACCCCAAACUGUCGUCCACGGCGUCGUAUGUGGCCAGCUCGCCCUUUAUCAUCGCCAUUCAAAACUCCGGAACCAAGGUCCUGCCCGACAUUUUCAACGCCGUUGUUUUGGUGACCAUCAUCUCCGCAGCCAACUCCAACGUGUACGUUGGAUCGCGUGUCUUGCUGGGUCUGGCCAAAGAGCGUCUAGCUCCGCAAUUUCUAACCCGUGUCAACCGUUUCGGAGUUCCGGACAUCUGUGUCGGCAUCAUUGCAUGUUUCGGAUUUUUGGGCUACCUCAGUGUAUCUAGUGGGGCAGAGACCGCUUUCAACUGGCUACUUAACAUCACGGCCAUCGCCGGUUUCUUCGCAUGGCUGUUCAUCUCUCUGUGUCAUAUCCGUUUCAUGCAGGCACUCAAGCUGCAGGGUAUCUCUCGGGACGACCUGCCGUUUAAGGCCAAGUUCAUGCCAUAUGGCGCGUACUACGCAGCCUUCUUUGUCGGGCUCAUCAUCAUCAUUCAGGGUUUCACAGCAUUUGCGCCAAGCUUCAACGUCUCGGACUUUUUCGCCGCCUACAUUAGUGUGAUCUUGUUCUUUGCAGUGUGGGCCAUCUUCCAAUGCAUUUUCCGGUGUCGUUUUAUCCACCGUGUGGAAAAUGUGGACAUCGACUCCGACCGUCGUGAUAUCGACGCGGUGGAAUGGGAGGAUGACACUCCUACCACACUGUGGGGCAAAUUCUGGGCUGCCGCUGCUUAA